GCUGGUACAAUAGCCAGAAGUGGCCGCAGUACAAGGGACUUAGUCCCACCCCACUAGCAAUAAAAAAAAAGCAGUUCACAUUAAAGCAUGUGCUACCGAUUGAAAUCAGUCUAAAUUAGUUAAAUGCUUUAAAAUUAAAUCAGAUUUCUUUUUAACUCUUAACACUUGUUCAUUAUGUGAAGAGUCUGAUUCAAAUUCAUGUGGCUGGUCGCUGAAGAAGAUUUUAUCAUAAAAAAAUCAUGACCUCUGUUCUCAUUUGUAUGCAUUUAUGUGAUGCCUUGUUUAAAUUAUUAUGUUUGAUGUUAUUAAAUAAUCUGAUUACUCAGGGUGAGUACUUGAAUUUUGAUCCUCUUUCCAUAACUGGCGGAUCUAUUACCCACUACAGUGCAAGCAACUGAUCUCGCCCUCAUGUGACAACACCUGACAGCUGUAGUGCUAUUCCUCCUGACCUUCCUGUCACCCCCAACCAAUUUUAAGUGACAAUAUCAGCUCAAGUGAAAUCACUGUCCCUUUCGAGUAUUUCAUGCACAGUAGAGCCUCAAAAAUGACAGCAGGGUGCAUACAGUGAACAUUUAAUUGAAUUUUGAUAUUCUGUUUCUCUUCUUGGCCAAAGAAGUUUAGUUGUGGGCACUGCGUUCUUAUGAAGCAUCGCUCCUUUUGCAAAUGAGAAUCAUAACAUUUAUAGGAAUGAGGUAAUUUUACCCAAUCAGAUUUGUAAAUUAAAAAUUUGUGCUGUCUCAAAAGAGAUGGCAGCAUCAUAAGGUUUGCACUUGUCCCCUUGAAGCAUGACUUAGGGCCCUGAACUGACACUUGUACCACACGAAGCUGGGCAUGUGGAAAUGGAAAGUUAUAGCUCAAGAGAAAAAACACUGGCAUAUUAUACAUUAACCCAUCACAUGUUACAUCUGCUGGUCUUAUGGCAUUUUUAAUAGCUAAUCUAGCAUCAAGCAACUGAGAAAAUGAUUUACAUAAAAUGAAAUUCUGCAUGUAUAUCUAAGUACUGUGAGCAUCACCAACACAAUGCAGAACGGCAAUGCAGAUUAUGACUGGCAUCUGGCAAGAAAAGGCAUUCAGCUUCUCCUGAACAAUAAAAUAAGUGAAGCUGAACAACUAUUUGGAGAAAAGAAAGAUAAUGUUCAAAUGGCAGCUGGUUACUGCUUUGUAACAUUCAUGAAUGCACUAAUGACGUUUGAAGACGAGAAACUUCAAGAAUCCCUACAGACACUGCGUGAUAUGGAGAAGAGGUGUGCCCAGGACAUAGGGUGGCUGAAGGCAGUAAGAAACAAAAUGUUUGGAAGUGAUAAUUCAUCGGAGAGGGCUCAAGCUGACAAGUUAGAAGAGCAGAUUAUCCUAGCAGACUCACAAGUGUGUGUGGCCCUUCUUACAUUCCUACAGCAAGACCUCACCAGCUGUGUUAAAGGGGGGUGGGUACUUCGUAAAGCCUGGAAGGUGUAUCAGCAUACGUACUCCCAAAUACUGCGGCUCUACAGACAAACAUUUGGCUCCGAUGACGUGCCAGGUUCUCAGUUUCCAUCAUGGAAGGUCAUUACACGUGGCCCCAGCCACCCAAACCUGCAGAGUCCUACAUCAUCAGAGUGGUCUGUUCCAUCAUGCAGCUCCUCAGCUCCAACACCCAGCGGAAGCACUACUCUUAACGGAAGAACUAACGGCUUCCGCAAUCCAUUUUCCAUUCUUUCUUCAUUCAGUUUACAUUCAGAUGCCUAUUCAAAUGACAGUGUACCUCCAGAAGUUGUGUCCAGAUUAAUGUCGGCAGUCAGUUUCGGUUAUGGAAUAUUCCAGCUCUGUAUUUCUCUACUCCCUCCUUCGUUGCUCAAACUGAUUCACUUCCUGGGAUUUGAAGGUGAUCGUCAAGUUGGUAUUGCAGCCCUCAUGUUUGCUCGUCAGGGGCAUGAUAUGAGGGCACCAUUAGCAUCGUUGGCUCUCCUGUGGUAUCACACCAUAGUCCGUCCAUUCUUUGCCCUGGAUGGAUCAAAUGUCCAAGCAGGCGUAGAAGCAGCUCAACACCUUAUAGCAGAAUCUCAAAAUGAUUUUGGACAGUCUGCACUGUUCCUCUUCUUUAAAGGGCGUGUUGAAAGACUUAAGUCUAACAUCAAUGGUGCUCUUGAAGCAUACCAGGCGGCAGUGGUGAAAUCUCCACAAAGAGAAAUCCAACUGCUCUGUUUACAUGAAGUUGGAUGGUGUCAUCUAAUACAACUGGACUGGAAUCAGGCACACCAAUGUUUCUUACAGCUAAAACUCAGGUCUCGAUGGUCUAAAAGCUUCUACACUUAUCUUGCUGCAGUUUGCACAGGUGCAGCCGGCAAUCUGGACGAGGCAAUGAGGUUAACACAGGAAGUACCUGGAUUGUCAUCAUCUUCAUCAUCACAGCAACGCAGCACCCAGCUGGAAACCUUUAUCCUGCGAAGAACCAACCGUUUCGCUGGGGAACGAGACAGUGAAAAUUUUGACCAGGCAUACUGUAGGCUACUGGCCUUUGAAUUGCUAUUUCUGUGGAAUGCUCUCCCAUCCUGUAGUGUUCAGCACAUACACAAUCUCUUGGAAGAUUGUCAGUCAUCUGGUCGGGAGCCCAUGGAGGGUCUUCGUCACCUUGUCAUGGGGGCUGCUCAGUGCUAUUUGGGGCUCCACGAAGAGGCGGUAGCCAGUUUCCGAACUUGUCUUGCCAAACGAGGUGAACUAGAAGCUUGUGAAACUGGAGGAGGUAGAAUGAUGGGGCAAACUGGGGACCACCACAUUUCAGCCUUUGCCCUGUAUGAACUGGGUACCCUGUUGUGUAAGGAUCCUAAAACUGUCGACGAAGGAAAAGCCCUACUCCAUCAAGCUCAGACUAACUACAGAGGUUAUGACUUUGAGAAUCGGCUAAAUGUCCGCAUACAUGCAGCACUGAGAAACAGUGGAUAACUUCAGUACCUGCUACCGUCACUUUGGAUGUCAUCUUGACAGUUACUGGUACAUUUGAAAAAUAUGAAACUGUUAUAACAAUUUAUAUAUUACACUUCCUCUUUAGGCAAAAUGUGGCAAUGACACAUAGUAUUUUACAUAACUAUUACAUAAAAUAUUUGACUCUUUAAGGGCUAAAAUUUCAAACCAUAAUAUAUCCCAGUUUUUUAAUUUAAUGACAUACUACUUCAUGCAAAACUAAAUGACACUAAUAGUUACUAUAGGAUUCUGACGAUGGUGUAUUACACACAGAUAUUGGGUUUUCGGACUUUAUCCAUCGUCCU